CAGACAAACAGCGCUUCAGUUACAGGAUGAGAACAUCCUUACUCGUAGGUGCACUUGGUGCAGCGAUACUUUCCCUUCUAUCCCUCUCCCUGUCCGCUGCCAUGAACCUUGAAACAUCUGCGGCGUCCCUUGGCGGGUAUCAACGCCAAAUUUAUCAAUAUUUUGACAACGUACGACAAGGCGACCGUGGGCAAUAUGGAGCUGCCAAUGGUGCUCGUGCAUGCGAACGCUUUGUGCGUGACAAGGCAAUGCAGACUGAUUUGGCGGAGGUUAUCUCUGGGUUUUACAACAACGACGUCGCCGCCAUGUUUGCCUAGCAACGGACCGAAAAAUUAAAAAAGAUGAUGGAUGAUGGAUGGCGGCGAGAUUGAGAAAGCAGGAAAUCGCGAGCAUUGGUCCGCACAACACACCACUGCUUCUGUGACCGAAUCGAGUCAGGAAGGUCUGAGCAAGCGGAGCAAGAAUUUUCCCUUCCAAAUUUUUCUUUAAGAACUUUGGAGUGAUUUGUACAACCUCAGCGGAAGCAUUACGCAAGGGCAUUUCAUCAUGAAAUGUCUCGCUACUACACAAAAAACAAGGGCAAGCACAUGAACAACAAACAAAACGGAGAUAUACUCUGGAAAAGAGACCAAAACCCGUGACGGAUGAGAAUCAAAAUCAAUGCAAUGAAAAAACGCAGGAGUCGGUGCUGGUACUACUUGGUGACAUCAUCUCAUACGGUGCAGCGAACAAGGCGUGAAAAAAAUAGCAUAUUUGCAGGAAAUAGGUGAAUUUGUCCAUCCAUGCAGCUGAUCUCUCCUUAGCAAAAUUAGGUACAUUCUUCUAGUCUAAAAUUUAUGAAUCGGAAAUGGUGACGUGUAUAACUCUUCGCAGAAGUCUGCUUGUGUAUUUAGAGGAAAGAAAGGUUCGGAUGGAAGGAGUGAGACGCCUGAACUAGAAAAAUCAAACUUAACGGAAACUCAUA